AUGAGUUCGGAUCCUUUCAAUGAAGUGGAGGAAGAUGCAUGGCAACAGUUGAAGAAACUAGAGGGAUUAGGUGCCAGUGAGUUUGUUAAUGAGAACUUAAAGCUUGAUUUCAACAACGUUUAUCAGGAGUUGGAAGAAAUCAUGAAUGACUUGAAUGAAGCAUUAAACAUUUCUAAAGAAUCCCCAGCACAAUUCAAUUUAACCAAUGAAGACAUCAGUAAGAGAUAUGAUAUAUUGAAUAAGCUAGAAGACAAGAAACAAUCAAUAAUGAAAUCAUGGAAUAGUAAAAUUAAUGAUCCUAGAAGAAUCAGAGAAGUUACAUCUAUGUCAAAUCGAAUCAGUCAGGAUGGUGAGAAUCCUUUCAAUGAUAAACAUCGAAUUGAUAAUGAAUUCAAUCAAUAUCAACAACAAGAAUUGAUUAAAGAUCAAGAUCUUCAGUUAGAUUCUAUUCAUGAAACUAUGAGAAAUUUAAAUCAACAAGCAAUGAUAAUGGGUAAUGAACUAGAAGAUCAAGGUAUGAUGUUAGAUGACCUUGACCAUAACUUAGAUAGAGUGGACAAUAGAUUACAACAAGGGUUGAAAAGAAUAAAUUGGGUUAUUGAAAAAAAUCGUGAAAGAGGUAGUGAUUGGUGUAUAGGGAUUUUGGUAGUAGCUUUAAUAGUUCUUUUGAUUUUAAUCAUUAUAGCAUAG